CACUCGUGCUAUGUUCAAGUAGCACAUACGUGUCUCGCUACGUCGCGGGAACGUAGAAUACGUUUCCGGCGGCCCUCACCUCCCCACGGGCGACAUCGCGUCGCGCGGACGUGUCACCAAUCGCGGCCGUCCAUCUCGCCAUCCGACGACCGCGGAAGCUCGCAGCGGCCGCUCCGCUCCGUCGCGGGGCAGCCCACCCACCCCCCACCCUCGACCGCACCGCACGGGGGGUAACGCGGUGGAAAACCCGGCGACCAUAUCAAAACACGAGGCGUCCCCGCAGGACUGGUCACUCGGCACGCAGGCAGCACAGCAGCAGCAGCCAGGACCCCCCUCCCUGCUCUUUCCCCUCCUCGCUUCGCUUCCUCGGCGGAUUCCUCCUCCUCCUCUCGUCCGUGCCCUUCCGACGCGCGAGCUCGCCCGAGAUGGCAAAUGCAAGAUCGGGUGUCGCUGUGAAUGACGAGUGCAUGCUGAAGUUUGGCGAGCUGCAGUCGAAGAGGCUGCACCGCUUCAUAACUUACAAGAUGGAUGACAAGUUCAAGGAGAUAGUUGUGGACCAGGUUGGGGAUCGUGCUACCAGCUACGAGGACUUCACAAACAGCCUCCCUGAGAAUGACUGCCGAUACGCAAUCUAUGAUUUUGACUUUGUGACUGCAGAGGAUGUCCAGAAGAGCAGGAUAUUCUAUAUCCUAUGGUCCCCAGACUCUGCCAAGGUGAAGAGCAAGAUGCUUUACGCAAGCUCUAACCAAAAGUUCAAGAGUGGGCUCAAUGGCAUUCAGGUGGAGCUCCAGGCUACAGAUGCAAGUGAAAUCAGCAUUGAUCAGAUCAAGGAUCGGGCACGCUAGGCGCAGUGCACCGCCAUCACGUGUUUCAUGAUCAUGCAUCAUGGACUCGCCUACUACUGUGGAUUUGUACGCCAUUAUAGACUUGGUGCUGUGAAAGACUGCUUGAUGAUUUGCAGGUUUGUUGCUGUGUAAAAAAGGUCCUCGGCUUCCAGAAGACCAUGAAGGUUUGGAUCUAUCAUGUAAUUCCUUGUUAUCUGCCAAUUAUGUAUGGACUAUGGACAUGUGUUGCGCUGUUCAACUUACUACAAAUAAGUAAUCGAUAUGUUCCCUAUUCAUGAUUCGGUGACAA